UGGGUAGAGAGAGAAAUGAGCAAAAAACCAUUUCAAUGAGAGAUCAGUGACCUUACUGCAUUUAAGUGUUCUUAGACAGGAAUUACACCAUUUUUCAAAUGUAUUGUUUAUUUAAAACUUGAAUACCCCAUCUGUAACUCUGUUCUAGGUGAUGUGGUAUCAGUACCAGAAUGUUGUACUGUUUCUGAAAAUUAUUUUCAGUAUAGCAGUUAAGGACAUUAAGGCUUCAAAGCCAUUGGCCCAGUUUUGAUAAGAAGUGAAGUUGGAAGUUGGGUGUAGUGGCUCACACCUUUAAUUUCAGCACUUUGGGAAGGGCCGAGGUAGGAGAAUUGCAUUAGCCCAGGAGUUUGAAACCAGCCUGGGCAACACAGGGAGACCCCAUCUCUAGAAAAAUAAAAAAUAAAAACAAUUAGCUGGGCAUGGUGGCAUGUGCCUAUAGUCCCAACUAAGUAGUUCUCUGCUAAGCCCCGGAAGUCAAGGCUGCAGUGAGCCAUGAUUGCACCACUGCGUUCUAGCCUGGAAGACAAAGUGAGACCCUGUCUCAAAAAAAGUAAAAGUAAAAAUAAUAAUAAUAAUAAUAAUAAAGCUGGAAAUCAAGGAUAUAUUUUCUUCAUCUCUUCACUUGACACCAAGACAAGUCACAAACCUGAAGAGUAUUGCCUAUUUAUUCCUAUUUAUUAGAAAACAAAAAAAAAGUUGUUUUUCAACUCUUUUAUCUAGGUAUGAAUGUGUUAAAAAUUAUUUUUAGUGUUUUAUAUAUAAGCCAGCAUAAAUGAUAGUAGAAUACAUUUGUAUAAUGCUUUAAUAUUUACAUACUUUGACAUAUUUUCUCAUACAACCCUUACAGUUCUCAGAGGAGGUAGUCAGAACAGGUAUUAACCCAAUUUUAUUUUUGAACAAACAGGUUCAGAAGGUAAAGUCAGUUUGUUUCAGAGCUAGAACUUUUCCUAUUAUACCACCCUGCUUCUAGAUGUGCAAUCUGUUUAAGCAUUAAAGUAAUUUAAAAUGGUAAAUUAAAAUGAUGUUAUUGCAGUUAUUUUAAUUUCCUGCCUGGAGCGUUUCAGUAGUAGUGGUUCCUGUAUUAUCUGGGAAGUUAAACCAAAUGUUCUUUUAUACUCUUUUAGACUCUACAACUUCAGUUAAUCCAGAUUUCCUACCCAAUAACAUUGUUUGGGAGCCAGGGAUCUCUGGUUGCCCAACCCUUCUAAGUACUUAGAAGCUCUUAGAAAGAAUGUUCAGUGAAAGGCAGUGAAAAGGCCUGUUUUGGAUACCUACUGCCUAUAGCUAAAACCUGUUAGGUGCCUUCAUGUGAAUCCCUGAAGACACCAUGAUGAAAUUGAUAAGCAUGUCAUAAUUCAAGUAAAAGCUUAUUAUGAGUGCUAGAUGAUAGCCAUAUACUGAAUACUUUUCUGAUUUUACUGCUUUUGCCAUUGCUCAUAUAUCUGUAGCUGGAAUGCUUUGUCUCAUAUCAGACUGCCAGAACUAAAUUCCACCAGCCUUCAAAGCCAGCCCAACUGAUAACUAUUUUUGUAAAGCUUUCCCUACUUACUCUAACAAGUAAUGAUGUAAAAUUCUUAGAACAAUCUGUCAUAGUCUCAAUGCAGAUGUCACAUGUAACUUUGUUAUUAAUAUUUUAGUUAUUUGUGGAUAUCUCAUAUCUUCUUUGGUUUCUUUGUUAUAGAACAUUGUCUUCCCAUAAACUUGAAUAUUGUCCCUUUCCCUUAGAAAAGGGAAAUGUGGGAGAGGUGGGGAGAUGGUUACAUCAACCAAAUUUUUGCUUCUUAAAAUGGGCUUUUGUUGAUGUGAGUCUAUGGUCCCAUUUAUUGUUGUGACAAUAUCUUGGUAGUGGGAAUUACUGGGUAUGUUGGAGAACCUCAGAAGGGAGAAUGGUCAUGUUCUCCAGUGCCGUAUCUGAAUAUCUGAAUCCUGCUCUGGAACACAGUUCUUAUUCUCAACACUUGAUCCUAUUCUCUUUAUCAAACAUAGUUUUUACCUCGUUCUCUGUAAGAGCCAAUUCCCAGCCCCAUAAAGCCAGGAAAUCCAGCAAUAAAGAAUUGUUCCCAGCAGCAUGUUUUGUACUUAUAUUUUCUUCUUCUUCCUUUUUUUUUUUUUUUUUUUUUUUUUGUUGUUGUUGUUGUUUAGACAGAGUCUUGCCCUGUCGCCACGCUGGAGUCCACUGCAACCUCCGCAUCCUGGGUUCAAGCAAUUCUCCUGCCUCAGCCUCCCGAGUAGCUGGGACUACGGGAGAAGAUGGUAUAAACUGGUUCAUCAGUGACAAAGACAUUGAGGCCCAGAUAGCUAAUAACCGAACACCUGGAAGAUGGACCCAGCGGUACUAUUCAGCCAACAAAAACAUUAUCUGUAGAAAUUGUGACAAACGUGGCCAUUUAUCAAAAAACUGCCCCUUACCACGAAAAGUUCGUCGCUGCUUCCUGUGCUCCAGGAGAGGACAUCUCCUGUAUUCCUGUCCAGCCCCCCUUUGCGAAUACUGUCCUGUGCCUAAGAUGUUGGACCACUCAUGUCUUUUCAGACAUUCCUGGGAUAAACAGUGUGACCGAUGUCAUAUGCUAGGCCACUAUACAGAUGCUUGCACAGAAAUCUGGAGGCAGUAUCACCUAACGACCAAACCUGGACCACCCAAAAAGCCGAAGACCCCUUCAAGACCAUCAGCCUUAGCAUAUUGCUAUCACUGCGCGCAAAAAGGCCAUUAUGGACACGAAUGUCCAGAAAGAGAAGUGUAUGACCCGUCUCCAGUAUCUCCAUUCAUCUGCUACUAUGAUGACAAAUAUGAAAUUCAGGAGAGAGAAAAGAGACUAAAACAAAAAAUAAAAGUACUCAAGAAAAAUGGGGUUAUCCCAGAGCCAUCCAAGCUACCUUAUAUAAAAGCAGCAAAUGAGAACCCCCACCAUGAUAUAAGGAAGGGCCGUGCCUCAUGGAAAAGCAACAGGUGGCCUCAAGAAAAUAAAGAAACACAAAAAGAAAUGAAGAACAAGAAUAGAAACUGGGAGAAGCACAGGAAGGCUGACAGACAUCGUGAAGUGGAUGAGGAUUUUCCCAGGGGCCCCAAAACCUACUCUUCUCCUGGCAGUUUUAAAACCCAGAAGCCUUCUAAGCCCUUUCACCGUUCAUCACAUUACCACACGUCAAGAGAAGACAAGUCUCCCAAGGAGGGCAAGAGGGGCAAGCAGAAGAAAAAGGAGAGGUGCUGGGAAGAUGAUGACAAUGAUAACUUAUUUCUUAUUAAGCAGAGAAAAAAAAAGUCUUAAGCCGUCAGGCAGCCUCUGAUGUGGCUUUUCAUUGUUCAUUUGGCCUUUGUGUCUAUAACCUUCUGGCAUUGUGUUUAUUAUCUAUGAUUAAAUAAAGUGAGUUUUUGGUUUUGUUUUUUUAAUUUCAGCCAUUCCUACAGUUACUGAAUAUCCAUGGAGAUCUCAAUUCUCUGUGUCCAACAGGAUAUUAGGUAAGAAAGUACAAAGAUAAACCUGGACUUCUCCUAUUCCAAUAUGUCAUCUUUACUCAGAAUCCUAGGGAUAGGUAGAAGAAUUCAUCUUUUCAAGAAAGUGUUUUAAAAAUACUUUGGGAAAAAAAACUGCAUCAAAGGUAAUUUAUCCUCAAAUUAAAUCCUUGCAGGAAGAGAAAUUAACACUAAGAAAAAGUCAUCAAUAUUUUUCAACUUUUUUUUUUUUACUUUGGAAAGGACAAUAACUAUAAACCUAUAUCCAGAUUUUCUGUCUGCUGAAGCUGUUGUCAGAAUCUUCCUUUGGACAAAACAUCACUAGCUGACUAUAAAAACAAAAGUGAAGCCCUGAAGAGGCAGGGAAUUGAGCUUCAGCAAAAUACAGGAAAAGAACUAUCCAGUAUAAAUGUCAGAAGACAGAUUUCCUAAACAAGUAAAAGAGACAUCAAAAAUUUUAACAUAAUCACAAUGAAAUCAUUUUUUACCACUUUUACAGCGGUGUUUCAAGCAGACUGUCACUCAGAUCUGCAGAGAUGAAUAUUACUCAAAAAAUUUUUUUGUUCUCUUGCAUUUUUUUCAACUACCGCAAAGCUAUACAGAUUUUUUUGUACUUGUGGAUCUUUUGUACUUCUCAUAACCUAAUGUCAGACUAAGAAAAAUAAAAUAUCUGAAAGAGAGUAAA